CAGCAGUAGCAGCAGCAGUAGCAGCAGCGACGGUCAUCAGCCUGGCCCGCAUCUGCCUCUCACUUGCUGCACCGGCUGCCUGCCUGCCUGUCUUCCUGUCCGCCUGUCCGUCCGUCCGUCCGCCUCGCCCAGCCUUCCGUUGUCGGCCUCGGGCACACACGCCACGCCACGCCACGCCAGCCAUCCCCUCAACCGUCUCGGGCAGAGCCUCAGCCGUCGCCGCCGCCGCCGCCGUCUGGCAGGCCCGUCGUUGAACCCUCUUCCCCCUUUGUUUUCCGACGUGCAAAGCUGUGGGAAGUCAAUUCGAGCCGCCCCGCUCUUCCCGCCGCUGCAGACUCAGCACGGCCCAUGAUGGCUUCCCGAGCAGAGGACCUGCCCUGGCCCACGGCGCAGCCUCGGCUGCCGUCCAUGGACGAAAUGGACUACGUUAUGCAUUCCGCCAUGCCAGAGCCUCCGGCGCCGCGCCUCCAGCAUCCGCCCAUAACAGGCGCCGGCACCUGUCCCUACAGUGUAGCCCACCGCGUCGACCACCACGGUUCGCCCCUUCCCAGCCCGAAUUAUAACUCAGUCUCCUCCCUUCUUUCUCCAGUCAGAAACCCACUCCACCCAUCUGCCCCGUCGCACCUGCUCUCGCAGCAACAGCAACAGCAACAACAACAACAACAACAGCAGCAGCAGCAGCAGCAGCAGCAGCAGCACAACCACCACGCCCUCGCCCACGCCCACCACCACCACCACCACAGCCAGCAUACGAGCCCGCAGCAGCACUCACAUUCGCACUCGCAUUCCCAGUCACAUCCGCACCACCCGUACGACCCCGUGCACCCGCCAGCCCCGACAAACCACUGGUUCUCCCACCACCCGCCGCCAGCGCCCCAGCCACCCCACUGGGGGCACCAGUUUGCCGCCCCGGACCCCCGCUCCUCCAGCUCGGGCCUGUUUCCUCCACAGCUGCCUUCCCUGUUCCCGCCCGACCAACACCACAAUAGCCACCACCACCACCACCACCACCACCAGUACAUGAGCGCCAGCCACCACAACAGCAACGGCGGCGGCAGCGCCAGCAGCAGCAGCACCAAUCUCCACAGCAGCAGCGCCGCCAGCGGAGGCUCCGGUCUGGGAGUCGGUCCCAGCAUCAACCCCCUGUUGGUGCCUCACCACGGCGUCGGCCAGUCUCUGGAUCCGUUCGCCUCGUCGUGGUCGCUCUACCGUCAGCAUCCCCACAGACUGCCCGAGAGCGCCCAGAGGUUCAACCCCGGGCCUCACGCCCACCUUGGCAAUUCCCAGCAGCAUCCCACUCCCAACGCCAGCUCUGCGCCCGCAAUCUCCCCACCGAGUCUCCCGAACCCCACCAUGUCCGACCGCUAUGGCCAAUCACCGGCCCAUAAUAGCCAACAGUCCGACUCGGGCUCAUUCUCCCAUUCGUCUUCGGCGUCCCCUUCGUCAUCAGCCCGCGCGAGCCCAAAUCCGGCCGACGGUGCCUUGACCACCCACUCCUCGCUCGACACGCCCAUGAGGUCGCUACACAGGCAACACGGUCCUCAAACGCCGACCCGGAGCGAAGUGAGCCUGGGGUCCCAUCCACGAUCGAAUAUGAGCCCUCAAGGGCCCGCAAUCGUGACGUCACCCGGCGUGAGCCCACCGCGUCUGAUCCCGGGCGGCAUGGACGAGCCCGCUGCCCGCUCCGGCUCCGGCGGCCACAUUUCAGGCAGCGAUUCGGAGCCGCGACGGUCGACCCCGAGUCAUAGGAGAUCGGCAGCGGUCGAGGUGCACGUUUCCGACGACGAGAGCGACUCGAGUGAGGAGCACAUGGAAGAGAUGUUUAUCCAUCAGCUGGGCGCGGCUGCCGGGCCGCCUUUUACCGCCAGGAUGGAUCUCACCGAAGACAGGAUCCGUCGCCAACAACUACUCCGCGGCGCCAUAACCAACAAGCGGAUUGCCUCCAGGGGUGCCCUCGCCUCGCUUCAAAGCGUCGAGAUCCAUAGCCUUCCGGAAAACGAACGAACCUGCGUCAUCUGCUACAACGAGUUCGGGGUCCCCAACCCCGAGGGAAUCAACGAGGCACCCCUGCGACUGCCCAAGUGCAAACACGUCUUUGGAGACCACUGCAUCAAGAAGUGGUUUGAGGAAUCCGACAGCUGCCCGUACUGCCGCGACAAGGUUCCCUCGGAACCCGCAAUGCGCCUGAACCCGAGAUCCGUCAACAACAUCUUCGCGGGGGCGCUGCCAGAUGGCAGGCCGGCUUUGAUGAGCGGUACCGGCACAGGAACGGCCGUUCUGGUGUCUGACGCAGGUUUCCCGUACCGCGCCGCGAACCCCUACGGAGCAGCCGGGGGAGCCAGUAGGGCUGCAUGGCAGGCGGCGAGGCGGUCGCCCCCUGAAGAUAUCGAUGCGCGCACCCGCCGCACCCGCCCGCGCCAUGGGAGCCUCCGCGGGGCGCCAUCGACCGGAAGCUCCAAUGGUGGGAGCGCGCGGCCAAACUCGUUCGCCGGUGCCUCCUCGUCGACCCCUUCCUCCCAGCAAGUUUCGCCCGGGCGCGACAGGCACUACAGCGGCGCGACCAUGGGCAUGGGCGGCCCGGUGCACUGGCAACUGCACGCCCACAUGGAAGGGCGUAGGAUGCAGGGCCAGUCCCUGAGGCAACAGCCGAUGCCCAUCCCCCCUGCGAUCCCGCGUGGUCUCAUGAGUUACAUGCAUCACCGCCCAGGACAGCUCUCGGGCGCACCAGCAUACCCGGCCUCGCCAUUGCCCCCAGACUCGUUCCCAGGCAUGAUGGGUGUAGGCCAGGCUGGCAUGUCGCCGAGUGGGCCGGAUGCGGGCUACAUGAAUCCGUUGAGCCCCAGUCUCCCAUCCGACAACACAUCGCCUUUGGGACCCGUACCUCCGGUGGAGGCGGGUGCUCCGUUCCCUGGCCCUGGGUCAUCCACACCGCUUUUUUCCCAGCACCUGCCCCCAGUAGGAGGUCUAGACGACAACCCGUUCGAGCGGCCAGGCCCCGCGCCAGCCAACGCCGUCAACUGGUCGCAAAACUGAUUUUUUUUCCUUCCGGCCUAGACCAAGAUGACCAAUGGGUGGCGUUUCCGCCACCAAGUCUCGUCAUGGUGGCACAGUCAUCACACAAAAACAAAAGGGGGCCUGUGUGUAUGUCCGCAUCAGACCCGACGUGGACGGACCCGACGUGGAGAGCCCGUGGUAGGCGGGAAGCGAGAAGACGAACAACACACGAUUCCGCAUGACGCGACGAUUCGAAACAUACGACAACACAUCCAUGUCCCUCUUCCUUCUUCCGCCGUUCUCGUUGGCGGAAUCAACAGAGCAGCCGACUUUUCUUUUUUUCUUCUUUCUCGCAUGACUGCAUUGAUAUUUGGCUUGGUUUUGAUGAAACUCGGGAUAGGCAGGCUUGGGAGGUAUCGCGGCGUUAAUCUUUCUUAGUUAUUUUCCCUCGCACACAUCAUCACUUUUCUUUAACCUCGGCCAGAUCGCACAUCAUAUUAAAGGUCGUCAUCCAGCACAUCGCGCCCACUUCCUUUACCACAAACACUGUUUUCUUUUUUUUUUCUUUUUUUUUUACUAUCUCACUCCAAGCUCAACUCAUCCAUUUGUCAUUUUCCCCC